AUGACAUCAAUCUCGAGUGCCAAUGGAUACAUACUUAUAGUCUUAUAAAUGUUAGUUAAUACUGCUUCAUCAAUUGUCUUUAAGUUGUAAUCAAAAAUAAAAAUCGAUAACCAGGAAUUCAAUCAUCCAUUUACAUAAACAUUUACAAUGUUUUUCGGUGAAUCAAUUUGUUAUAUUAUAUUUUUGUUAUACAAAUCUUUUAAUUAUUCAAAAUAUUUAUACGAACUGGAACUUGCAAAUAAAUUGAAAUAAGAAACAAAAAUAAAUUAUUUGGUAGUAAUAAUUCCAACUUUAUGUGAUUUAAUAGCAAGUUGUUUAGCAUUUUUUGCAUUAUCAUUGAUGCCUACAUCGGUUUAUUAGAUGUUAAGAGGAGCAACAGUUGUUAUAACAGCAAUAUUUUAAGUGAUAUUUUUAAAGAAAGUGCCAACAAAGCGUUAAAUCUUGGGAAUGUCUUUAGUCGUAUUAGGUAAUUUAAUAGUGGGAAUAACAAUAUAUUUGAAGUCAACAUAGUCAGAUUACCUAAUAGGAGUGUUAUUUUUAUGUCUAUCCUUUUUUAUGUUUUCAUUCUAAGUAAUUCUAGAGGAGAAAUACUUUAGAAAAUAUUAUUUGAAUCCUUUUGAAUUAGUUGGUCUAGAAGGGUUAUGGGGAUUGGUAUUUACAACAAUCUUACUGUCUAUUUUAGAAUUCAUUCCAUGUCCUUCUUAAAUGUAGAGUGGAUAACAAACGAUUUAAUUUUUUUAAGUAGUUUUUUCAUUUCAUGAUAAAAACUAUCAACCCUAACUGUUCCUGCUUAUAAUUGCUGAGGCAACAUCAAUUCUCCUUCUGAAUUCAAUCUGCAUGGCUGUAGUGAAAUAUUUAAGUGCCUUGACUAAAAGUGUGGUGCAAGUAACAACCAUCGCAUUAGUUUGGAUAACUUGUUUGAUAAUUGGAUGGGAAAAGUUCUAUUGGGGUUAAUUGAUUGGAUUCAUUAUACUAGUGUUUGGAUCUUUGAUUUACAAUAAUAUAAUAAAAUUGCCAAUAAAAUGUUUGGAAUAAUAGUAGAAAGUAGAAUCCUAAUAGUCGAAGAGUGAAACUGAAGAGUUAUUAAAUUGA